ACGUCACUUCCUUCAACCUCGGCGUUUGCCGGGCGGGUUCCCACGCGCGUUCAGCAUGAGGAUUGAGAAGUGUUAUUUCUGUUCGGGGCCUAUCUACCCAGGCCAUGGCAUGAUGUUCGUCCGUAACGAUUGCAAGGUGUUCAGAUUCUGUAAAUCCAAAUGUCAUAAAAACUUCAAGAAGAAGCGCAAUCCUCGCAAGGUCAGAUGGACUAAAGCGUUCAGGAAAGCAGCUGGUAAAGAGCUCACGGUGGAUAAUUCAUUUGAAUUUGAAAAACGUAGAAAUGAACCUGUCAAAUACCAGCGAGAGCUAUGGAAUAAAACUAUUGAUGCAAUGAAGAGAGUUGAAGAGAUCAAACAGAAACGUCAAGCUAAAUUUAUAAUGAACAGGUUGAAGAAAAAUAAAGAACUUCAGAAAGUUCAGGAUAUUAAAGAAGUCAAGCAAAACAUCCAUCUUAUCCGGGCCCCUCUUGCAGGGAAAGGAAAGCAGCUGGAAGACAAAAUGGUACAGCAAUUACAACAGGAUGUGGACAUGGAAGAUGUUUCUUAAAACCCUUACCGUCUGUAACCAUUUCUUUAAGUGCAUUUGAAAAGCUCCUUUGGAAACUUAGAACUUCUAAAUUAUUGAUUUAUUUUUUACAGUCAAAUGAAAGGGGAUUAAAGUACUUCUCUUCUACAUUGCUAUCUGCAGAACACCAGAUAUUAUGGAUGCUAGAUUGCAUCUCAGCAUUAAACCUUCCCUGAGAGAGACAUCUUUUAUAAAUCAUCAAAGUUCUGUUUGUAAAUACCAAAGUGAAUUGUGGAUAUAAAAUGGUCAUGUCAUUGGUUAAUGACUAGGCAGCAUUUAUGUAAUAACUAAAGACAUUCAUGGCUAGUGAUAUAUAAAAAUUUUCUUUGCAGUAAAAUAUUCUCUUUAUUGAUGUUCUAGAAGAGAUACAGCAAGGAACUAACAAUCUGUAUGAUACUUAGCCUCAAGUAUUUUCUUUUGAUUUCACUUUUUCCAGUUUUGGUUUAUUAGAUUCUUAGAAGAACAUAAUGAUCUAAUAUUUUGAAGCCUAAUUAUGUUGGACUGUUUUGACCUGGUUUAACUGUUAUGAUAGGCAUUUGUUAAGGGUGAGAACUGAAUAAUCUGUUCUCAAAAUAUCACUAUAAUUUCCACUUUGGAGGAUGCUCAAUUCUAACUUGAGAUUUCUGGCAGAAUAAACCUUAUUUUUUCAGCUUUGCAGUAAUUGAGAAGCAGAGGAAUCUUUUACCUACUAAAAUUUCUUGUGUGGUUUUCUUUUAAAAAAAUUCUUAAUUGUUUUUGGGAAAUUGGACAUUUGGGUAGCUUAGUAAUUUUUUGUUUGCACAUAAAAUCAUUUUUAAUGUGCAUGCCUAUGUAUUUAAAAAUACAAAACAAAAGGUAUGAAGUAUUGAUUACUUGGAAGAAAAUUACUUUGCUCACAUACUCUUGAAGUAGGAGAUAAUUUUUAAAGAAUAAUGUGUAUUUCAGAGUUCCUGUUGUGGUGCAGCAGAAAUGAAUCCAACUAGGAACCACAAGGUUUCGGGUUUGAUCCCUGGCCUUGCUCAGCGGGUUAAGGAUCUGGUGUUGCCAUGAUCUGUGGUGUAGGUUGCAGAUGCGGCUUGGAUGUGGCGUGGCUGUGGCGUAGGCCAGCAGCUGUAGCUCCAGUUCGACCCUAAGCCUGGGAACCUCCAUGUGCCGUGGGUGCGGCCCUAAAAAAAAAAAAAAAAAAAAAGAAUAAUGUGUAUUUUAUACUUACUUUUUGCAUUAUGCGUAAGUAUGUUAAGAGUUUUAGGUAACUCAGUUUUUUGUUUUUUUGGGUUUUUUAAGGACAGAACUUAGAAUAAAUUACAAAUUGUUAGGGUUAUGUAAAUAUAUAGUAAUGGCUAAAUUUUUAUUUCUGUGUUAGAUAGUAAAAAAGUAGACCAUCAGUGGACCAAGUGUUAGAAGACCUGAAUUCCAGCCUUGUGUUCUUAAAUAUGGCUCAUUUGUAAACAAUAUUAUUGAUGCAACAAUUAGAAGAAAUGUGUGCAAAGACAUUUGUAAAAUUACUUGAAGUUUUCAUUCUACUAUAUUCAUGUUUGUCUUAAAAUAAGCAUGUUUGUUAAAUACUAUUAGCAAAUAAAUUUCCUACUGUGCUAGUUAGGGAGCAACUUGG